UUUCUGCUCGGUCAGAAGUUCUGCGAACACGCCACGGUCACAUUGGAUUUAAUGACUGAAGUCAGUGGUAAUUUAAGAUAGAUGUGACGCAAUAAGAUGCAGUUAUGUACUCAAAGAAAUUUGCACGAUUAGCUUUUGGGCUGUUAGCAGAAUCGACGUUUAUAUGUCGGUUAACCCGAGACGUGUCCUCUAAAGUGAAACCAUUGCGGUCUCUGUGCAGCUGGACGGUGUGUCAGCAUCACCGACAGAAGAAUCAGCUGUCAAACGGAUUGACCCGUCUAAAUGUCCGCACGGUUUCACACACUACUCUUGACCCCGCCGAGGUACGGAAGUUUCAGGCCAUGGCGAGCAAAUGGUGGGACUUGCAGGGAGAUUUUUCAGCCCUGCACUCCAUGAAUGACCUGAGAGUGCCUUUCAUAAGGGAUAAUUUGUUGAAUGUGCACGGCGUCUGGCAGUUGGGCAAACCUCUGACUGGGCUCAGAAUACUGGACGUCGGCUGUGGUGGAGGCGUGCUGAGUGAGCCACUAGGGAGGCUAGGAGCAGAUGUCCUGGGAAUUGACCCAGUGGAGGACAGUGUGCGGACUGCAGAGCUGCACAGCUCCUACGAUCCCGAAUUGCGGGAGAGAGUUCGCUAUCAGGCCUGCACCCUGGAAGACCUCGCUGAGGAGGAAGUAGAGGGGUUUCAUGCCGUAGUGGCAUCUGAGGUGGUGGAACAUCUGGCCGACCUGGACGCCUUUGCCAACUGCUGCUAUCAGGUGUUGAAGCCUGGUGGCUCUCUUUUCAUCACCACUAUUAACAAAACCAACUUGUCCUACGUUUUUGGGAUUGUGGCAGCAGAGCAGCUGUUAAGGAUUUUACCGAGUGGCACUCAUGACUGGGAGAAAUUCAUCAGCCCAGAGGAUCUGGAACGACUGCUGGAGUCUUUUGGUUUCUACGUGGAGGCUAUCAGAGGCAUGAUGUACAAUCCUCUCACAGGAGCAUGGAGCUGGCAGCAGAGCACUGCUAUCAACUAUGCUUUGCAUGCAGUCAAACGCAAAGAAGAGCCCCAGCCUGACCGGGUCUGGGCUGAGAGUGAGAAUCUGGAUGAGCCAGGUCAAGCCAAAAGUUACAGUUGAGCUAUUUUUAAUGUUGGAACUGCUAUCAAACACAGUUUGACUGCUCCAGAAUAAAGUGUGAUCUCAAAAUGUUGCAUAGUGCAUUGCUGAACCAGUAAUAAUUCUUGGCCUUGUAUUCCUUUAGAAAACAUAUUUUAUCAGACACACAAUUCAUAAAACAUCUUUUAUGAAGUUAUGAAUCUCUUGGAAAGAUGAGAAUUUGAGAUUGAAGCACUUUUGAACCAUACGAUAUUCAUUUCAAAGAUUCUUCGAUGUAUAUUAACCACAAAUUACUUGUGUGUUUUGUUGUAAUGAUCUCUGGUUAAUAUCAGAGGUCAAAUAGACUGGGAAUUGUUUUUUUAAGGCAAUUGACACAAAGUGUAAGUACCUAAUAAAAUAAAAAACAAAGAAUAAAACUGAUGAGUUACAUGA